AGGAAAGCUGAAGCUAUUAACAGAGCAACAUCUCUGCAAUGUCCGAUGAAGCGACUGUUCCUUCUGGCUGGUUCUUUAUUCUUCACCAUUCAACUCGCUCCGGACUCAGCGCUGAACUCUGUCACUGCUUGUUCAUGUGGGUUUCAUAUUUGUGCCGCAUGGCGGUCGCAAUCGGUUCAGCUUGGUUCCGAUGUAGCUGGUGUACUUCUGGGACAUUGAAGUAGAUACAAUGUGUUCAUGGUAAGACAUUUGAUAAUGGGUACUGAAACAAAUGUUUGAUUGUUAGAAAGUUGAAGCAGAUCUUCUUGUUAUUUUUCAUAUUCUUGUAAAAAAUUAUUCCAAAUAGAUUUUAUUCUUCCUUGUUAGACAGCUUAUGCACAUCUCUGGUUUGUUGAUAUGUGCUGGACACAUCAGAAAAGGAAAUUAAUUAUGCAAAACUCAUGCCAGCAUGCUUCACAUAUUCAAAUGCUCAAAGCUUGUGGGAAACAUGUGCAACUCCAAUUCUUAAACAGGUGAAGAGUGAUUUUACCAGAUAUUGCUAUGGAGAUGAGCAGCAUUUGGAUGAUACAUGAAAACAAAUAUUCUUAUAUGACCAUAGAGAGACGGAAGGACACUCUCAAAAUUGCAAACCAGCUUUCUUGCCUUUUCUACUUCCUUCAACCCAGCAUUCAAAGAGGGAAUUCCUUUCUCCUACUCAAAAAUGGACGUGAGAUUAUCUUCUGCUCAGACUAAGAACUCUGAGGAUGUUGUGGCCAGUCCUGCAAUUCAAAUUGGGGGAACUGGAAAAUCUUGUCAUCAAUGCCGGCAAAAAAAGGAGAAUUUUGCUGCAACCUGCAAGAACUUAAAGAAAGGGAAGAAUUGUCCGAUUAAGUUCUGCCACAGGUGUCUUUUGACUAGGUAUGGAGAGAAUGCUGAAGAGGUUGCACAGUUGGCUAAUUGGACAUGUCCGAGGUGUCGAGGCAUUUGCAACUGUAGUCUUUGCCAGAAGCGACGAGGUGAACAGCCUACUGGUCCCUUAUAUCGUAGUGCCAAGGAAUCUGGCUUUAAUUCGGUUGCAGAAAUGCUUUCUAUGAAGAAAAAUUUAGAAACAUCAAAUCCAUUAAAUGAAGGUAGUCUGGAAAAGGAGCCUGAAGUACUUCUCUCUGGGGAACUUGGAAAUGAACAUUUUUCAGAUGCAAAUGAUGUCGCUGAAGUUUACAACAAAGAUUAUGGUGGUGAUAAUGUUGGUGCCAUGUUCCAAGAAGAGAUAAUUGCUGAGGAAAUUCUUUUGCCACCUGGCAUGGAGUUAAAAGAAAUAUUUGGCAUCGAGUUACCACCCAAAGAGGUGGGGAAUGCAUUGCAGAUUUUAGAGUUUUGCAGAGUGUUUGGGAAGGGUCUUGAUCUCAAGGAAGGAGAAGCUAAAGCCAUUUUUGAAGAAUUGAUCAGUAGAGAAAGUAUGGAUGAGCAUAACUCCUCACUGAUUCAAUUUCACUUUAGAUUGUUGGCAUUGAUCCUUGGUGAUUCGAAAAAAGAGUCUCUAUCCUUAUCAACCAAGAAUGAAACUAAUUCAUGGUUGAAACAUUUAGAGGAUUUGAUUAUGCAAGCACAUCACCUAAAUGAUUUCCCUUUGGAUUGGUUUCAAGAAGGCAUCAGUGGAUACUAUAAAUUGGAUUUGUCUAAGAAGUUUAAACUGAUGACUUUUCUUUGUGACGAAGCUUUGAACACUGCAAAACUAAGGAGCUAUAUUCAGGAUGAAAAUUCAAGACAUGCAAAAGAAGUGAAAGAAACAAAACUUAAGAUUGCUGCAGCCAAGGNAAAGAUAAAGUGUCNUGCACAGUUGCAGAAUGAGAGGGCCAACGAGAAUGUUAAGGUUGGCGAAGCACACGCUGAGAUGUUAAGGUUAAAAAGCACAAGUGAAAAAUACAAAAGUGGAUGUGAUGCCACGAGAAUCAAUCCAGUGUUUGUGGAUAACAAUGGGAUGACAUUUUGGAAGGUACAAAGUUACAACGACGAAUGUGUUUUGCGGCAAGAUAUGAAGAUACAAGAUGAAACUGCCACUUUACCUGAAGAAAGCUGGUUUUUGUACAGUCUCACCGAUAAGGAUGAAAUUGAUAAAUAUAUAUCUUCAAUGGCUAAAAGACUUAAGAGCCACAAUUCUCAAGCAAGUUUGUAGGAGUUUAGGUUUAAUGUUAAUUGUUCUUAACAGCAUAAUGCUGGCCAAAACCCUCAUUGCAUAUGGUUUCGGUAGAAAUCUCUAUUUCCUGGCCAGAGUAGGUUCUUCCUUUGUUUUUGGACUCAAGGGACCUUCAUUAUUGUAAUCAUUGUAUAUAAUUUUUUUGUAUUUGAUUUUAGUGGAAUAAGAAAUUAGAUGAUUUUUUGUAAUUUAAUUACUAUUUAUAGUUGUAUUAUUAUUUUUUAUUUUUUAUUUAACUAGUUAGAUGUACAAUAAUAUAUUCAUCGAAAAGUGAUGAUGUAUUCUGAAUAUUUCUAAUAGUAACAAUAAGAAGAAUUCUAGAAUUUUUGUCUUGAUCAAACGUUAAGUGUUACUAUUUUCCAUAACGAUAUAAUCCGUUGAAAAAAUAUUAAUGGAACU